ACCACCUCAAAAAAAAUUAUUUUCCUCUUUAUUGGGUUUCGUUCCCGCUCCAAUUUUGGCGGUAAAAUUCGCAAGUAUUCUUCCCAAAUUUCUUUGUGGAUUCUCACUUUCUCAGUUAAUCGAUUAUUGUAAUAAGCAGCGAUGCCGAUUGAAUCGCAAAUCAUCAAACCUAUCGCUAAAGGAAUCGUUCACAGAAUCUGUUCCGGUCAAGUUAUUCUCGACCUCUCCUCCGCCGUUAAAGAACUUGUCGAAAAUAGCUUAGACGCCUCCGCCACCAGCAUCGAAAUCUCUCUUAAAGACUUCGGCGAAGAAUGGUUUCAAGUCACCGAUAAUGGUUGCGGCAUUUCACCAAACAGUUUCAAGGUUCUUGCACUGAAGCAUCAUACGUCGAAAUUAUCGGAAUUUCAUGAUCUUCAGUCUCUGACUACUUUUGGUUUUAGAGGAGAGGCACUGAGUUCUCUUUGUGCUUUGGGAGACUUGACAAUUGAAACGAGAACGGUGAAUGAACCGGUUGCGACGCACUUGACAUUUAAUCAUUCUGGUGUUUUGGUGGCCGAAAAGAAAACUGCGCGACAAAUUGGGACAACUGUUACGGUUAAAAAAUUGUUCUCCAGUCUUCCUGUAAGAAGUAAAGAGUUUAAGCGGAAUAUUCGCAAGGAAUAUGGCAAGUUGGUUUCUCUAUUAAAUGCAUAUGCUCUUAUAGCAAAAGGCGUUCGAUUUUGCUGUACCAACACGACUGGCAAGAAUGUAAAGUCUGUGGUACUUAAAACGCAAGGAAAUGAUUCUCUAAAAGAUAACGUCAUAACAGUGCUUGGCAUGAACACUUUCAAUUGUUUGGAGCCCAUGGCAUUAUGUAUAUCUGAGAGUUGCAAAGUUGAGGGUUUUCUUUCCAAACCUGGAUUGGGUAAUGGAAGGAAUUUGGGAGAUAGGCAGUAUUUUUUCAUAAACGGUAGACCAGUAGAUAUGCCAAAAAUCGGUAAACUUGUGAAUGAGUUGUAUAGAAGUGCAAACUCUAAACAAUAUCCCAUUGCAAUCUUGAAUUUUACAGUUCCAACGAAAGCAUAUGAUGUCAAUGUGACUCCUGAUAAGAGGAAAAUAUUCUUUUCUGAAGAAACUUCCUUAUUGCAAGCCUUGAGAGAGGGGUUACAACAAAUUUAUUCCCCCGAUAAUGCCUCUUAUGCUGUCAAUGAAUUUAUGCAGCCUUCCGUAAAAGAAGACCGUUUUGAUUUGUGUUCCUCUCAUAAAAAGUCUCCUAUGGUAACAAAACCAUCCUCCCUGAAUGAUGCGGUUGCUCAGGAAGAGCAUUAUACUGAGUGCAAAAUUGGUAGUAUUUCUCGGGAUAAGAAUCAUACUGACCGCAACAAUAAAAGUAUAUCUCAGAACGAGCGUAAGGAUAAACACGCUACUACUGAUUCUAAAAAUGCUUCUGAGUCUGAUGAUGACGAUGUUGAAGAAGGGUUGAUUCAUGAGAAUGAUGGGGGUUUAAUGGGACAGAAGUUCACACUCGGAGCGCACAAAACAUUAAAGGGUGAUAAGAGUGGAAGACAGCCGGCAUCUACUCAUAGUGCUACUCCGGUGUCAAGGUCAAUUGAGAGUGGGGUGUCCUCUAAUAAAUAUUCAUCCGAUUCAUCAAGACAUGUGCAGUCAACUCUUAACAACUUUGUUGCUGUGAGUAAAAGAAAACGUGAUGACGUCAUUACAGCCUUAUCUGAAGUGCCUGUCCUUAGAAAUCAUGCUCCACAAUGUAAAUUGAAGACUUCAAAUACAGAAACAAAUGACUUGAUAACAACAAGAUCAUAUCUUCAUUUGGACCAAAUUAAUGAAACUUCUAAGCUGAGUGAGAUUGACAAUUUGCAGCAACUUAAUCCUGAUAGCGUCUACCACAACAGUGUAAAUUCGCCAUCUUAUAAAGAUGACUUUACUGACAGAGAACCUAACACGAAACUACAUCAAGAGAAUAAAACAGAUCUAGCUGAUACAGCAUCAGUUACACCAUCUAGCGACGAUCUGAUCCAUACUACAGAUCAUGUUUUGGUCUCAGACACUCCAGUUCGUUCAUCGCCUGUACGAUUAGAUUCUCCCAAGUCUUCUGGUCAGAAGAUAUUCUCCAACAUGCAAUUUUCUUUUCAAGACCUUAAGAGUAGGAGAGAUAAGAGACUUUCUUUGAUGCAAUCCAGCAAAUACAGAUAUGGAAAAGCUAAUGGCCAAAGUCAUUAUACGGCUGCAACUUUGGAGCUUUCACAGCCAGAAAUUGAACAGCAGAAAGAAAGGGUUUUGGCAGCAGCAGCCACCGAACUGGAAAGAUUGUUCAAGAAGGAAGACUUCAGCAGAAUGAAGGUGAUUGGACAAUUCAAUCUUGGAUUUAUCAUUGGUAAAUUGGAUCAAGAUUUAUUCAUUGUGGAUCAGCAUGCUGCUGACGAGAAAUACAAUUUUGAGUGUCUGUCCCAAUCAACCAUAUUAAACCAACAACCUCUGCUCAGGCCAAUAAGAUUGGAGUUAUCCCCCGAGGAAGAAAUAGUUGCUUCAAUUCAUAUGGACAUAAUCAGGAAGAAUGGAUUUGCUUUGGAAGAGGAUCCAAUUGCACCACCUGGAUGUCGUUAUAAAUUAAAGUCCGUCCCCUACAGUAAAAACACUAUGUUUGGAAUUGAAGAUGUUAAGGCGCUGAUCUCAACCCUAUCUGAUGGUGAUGGCCAUGGGGAAUGUUCCAUAAUCGGUAGUUAUAAACAAGAUUCCUCAGAUUCACUUUGCCCUCCAAGAGUUCGUGCAAUGUUGGCAUCUCGAGCAUGCCGAUCAUCAAUUAUGAUUGGUGAUGCACUUGGAAGAAAUGAAAUGCAGAAGAUACUUGAUCAUUUGGCGGAGCUGAAAUCCCCGUGGAAUUGUCCCCAUGGCAGGCCGACCAUGCGCCAUUUAGUUGACUUGACAAAAAUUCACAAGAGAUCAGAACUAACAAUGGAGAUGUAAUUAAUUAUGGACUUUUGCUUCAAGCCUCAUUUUUAUAUUGGAAGGGAUCAUGUAAAUUAUUUUGUACAAAUUCAAUGUACAUAAGCAUGCAUGAUGUGCUGCACUAAAUGAUGUUGGUUUAAAAACAAUGGACAUUGAUUCUCAAAUUCUUUUUGUGCACCCUUCACCAAAAAGCCAAAUGAUGUUGAUGAUGGUCUUGUGAAAAAACAAAACUUGUUAUCAGAAAAAGGAGCGACUUAUAAUAAGUCUUUAACC